AUGGCACUUUGUAACAACACCCGGACACCGUCUUAUGAUUGUAAGCUUUGUUUAUCAACUCUUUCUAUCACCUAUUUUGAUAUCCAGACUUUCUCAUCAUUCCAAAUAGAGGAACAUUCGCAGUGCAAAUAUGAUUCAGCAUCAAUUUAUGAUGGUGGCGACACCAAUGCGCCUCUUGUCGGUAUUUUUUGCGGGGUCACCGCUCCACCAAUGUUCAUGUCGUCAACAAACCAGCUCUUUCUUACCUUCUCUUCUGAUGCGUCCGUAUCUAGGCAGGGUUUUGAAGCACAUUACUCAUCAGGUAUAUUGUGCGGAGGACGUUUAACGGCUGAAUCAUCACCGGGGCAUAUUUACUCGCAUGCUACUUUUAGCGAUAGUAAAUAUGGAAAAAGUCAGGAUUGCUGGUGGAGGAUAAGUGCUCGCUCACGUCAUCGUGGUGUGCGCAUACAAUUCAACUCAUUCACAUUGGAAGCUGAAGAAAGGUGCCAGUAUGAUUAUGUGGAGAUCUAUGACGGUUCUGAACCUGUACAACAUCGCCUGUUUGGGAGAUACUGUGGUGACCAGAUUCCUGAAACCGUGACUAGUACAGGUGGGUUGCUCCACAUCCAAGUUUUGUUUACUUUUUUCGUGUUUGCACCAACAUCUGUCCACGAUUAUCAUUGCUAGGC